AUUAAAAUUAAAUGUCAAGGAGAUACGAUUAGAAAACAAAUACUUUCACCCCAGAUGGCAGAUUAAAAUAAGUAGAGUAUGCAAUUGAAGCUAUCAAUUAAACUGGAUCAGCUCUUGGAGUUUUAACUAAUGAGGGAAUGAUAUUGGCAACAGAGAAAUAAGAAGUGUCACAUUUAUUAGAACACUCAAAGCAUUCUGAGAAGAUUUAUCCUAUUGAUAGACAUAUAUUUUCUGUGGUUUCAGGACAUACAGCUGAUGCCAAUAUUUUAAUAAAUUAUGCAAGAGAGGCAGCAGCAAAUCAUAGGUAAAAGCAUUAGGCAUUAUUUAGAUAUUAGUUUCAAGAUAACAUUGGAUUAGAAUAAUUAAUUAUAAAUAUUUGUGAUUACAAAUAAAACAAAACUUAAGUAGGAGGAUAAAGACCUUUUGGUACUGCAUUUCUUUUUGCAGGAUACGAUAAAGAAAAUGGCUUUUAAUUAUUUAGCACAGAUCCAUCUGGAAAUUACGCUGGCUGGAAGGCUACAGCAAUUGGAAAAAAUAAUUUGGCUGCAAAUAGUUACUUGAAAUAAGAUUAUAAGGAUAAUUUAACUUUAGAAUAAGUAUAUAACUAUAUCAUAUUUUAGGGAUUAGAUAUUGCAAUAAAAGCACUUGUAAAAACAAUGGAUACAUCAUCUCCAUAACCAUCUAAAAUUGAAAUUGUUGUCAUUAGUAAAUAAGGAAAAGAGGUGAAAAGUAAAACUUACAAUGAAAAAGAAGUUUUAUCCUUACUUCAAAAAAAUGGAUUUAGUAAUGAGCAAAUGUAGCAAGAAUGAAAUAUUAUUCAAUAGAAA